UGGGCCGAAGUUUCUUGACAUUUGUAAAGACACUUUUAUCAAAAUGUCGAACAGACAGGGGGUUUGUGUUUUGUUUGCAGUCAUGACGAGGUGGGCGAGAGCUAACAACGUCCACAAACACAAACCAGCGGAGGCCACCCCCUGGAGUCAGCUGAGAACAAGACGACCACCAGGAGCCGGAGGAGGCGACGGUGGCAGCAGCAGCACUGCUGGCGUUAGAGUAGCUGAGAGGAAUCCUCUGAGAAAGACACAGCCCAGUGGGUCUGCUAUAAAGAAACCCAACGGCAAGAAAAAGCAGUACGUCAGCGAGGAUGUAAACGGCUUCCAGGAGUAUCUCCAGCAAACGGGGCAGCACCUGGCUAAAAAAUGUCAGGAGGGAGAGCAUGAGCUCAGAGAGGAGGUGCAAAAUGCUCUAAAGAAGGACAAGAAGAGGGAGGACAGGAGGAUAAAAAGACAGACCAAUAAGAAGAACAAAAUGUUCUGUUUUAACUGCAGGAAGCCUGGUCACGGGUUGGCAGACUGUCCAGAGGCUGACAGAGAUGAGGAGAUGGGCCGAGGCAUCUGCUUCCGCUGUGGCUCCACUGAACAUGAAAUCUACAAAUGCAAAGCUAAAGUGGACCCUGCUCUGGGUGAUUACCCAUAUGCAAAGUGCUUUAUCUGUGGUCAGACUGGACAUCUGUCACGAUCCUGCCCUGAUAAUCCCAAAGGACUUUACGCUCAAGGAGGUUGCUGUCAUAUUUGUGGCUCAGUGGAACAUUUUCAGAAGGACUGUCCAGAGCACCAGACUCCAAAUAAUCAUGUGACAGUGGGCUGGUUGUCCAACAACAUGAGUGCAGACCAUGAGGAAGUGCACAUUCCAGUAAAGAAAGCCAAACCCAAGCAGCCUAAAGUGGUGAAGUUCUAAUCACAGAACUGAGCAGUGCUAAUGUGUGUCCCUCGUUGUACUUCUCUGACCCACCUCAGCUUCUGGACUUCAUAAAUGGACAGGUUACCCACUAUCAGGGAAUGAAGUCUUGUAUACCACUGUAUAUGAAUGAGAUCUUUUUAAUAAAAAGUUUUCCACAGCUACUUUUGAUAUGCUAUAGUUAAGAAUUCUUGUUGCAGGAAGUAGUCAUAAGUGGACACAGACUAAGGCCCCUGCAAUUUCCCUCAGCAUAUGGAUUGCCCGCUCAAACAGUGGAUUGUAAAUUAAACAAUCAGGAUGUGAUUGAAGGGAAUUUUUAUUUCACCAAGAAUUUUACAGUCGUCCACUGGGUUGUCUUCAGUUGUCCAAUUACUUUUGAGCCUCUGAAAAUGACAGGGUGUAUAAAAAUGGCCUAAAUGGCUUGUGCAAUACCUUUGUUAUUAAAGCUGUCAUUAAAUAAAAA